AUCCAAGAGAAGAUAACUGUAGGUAACUAGUGGGUAUUGUUAUUUCGGAACUUGUUUUAGUUUCGUGUCGGUCACACCCUAAGUUAUAGGAUAACUGCUUGUGUAUUAUAUUAUUUGUGAACUAGUACAGUACUACAGAAAAAAUGUCUGGAUAUCCACAUGCUGAGAGUAAACCAGUUGAAAUGCAACCUGGAAUGCAGCCAGGAAUGCAACCUGGAAUGCAACCAGGAAUGCAACCAGGAAUGCAACCAGGAAUGCAGCCCGGUCCACCACCUAUUGGAAUGCAGCCCAUGCCAGGAGUUCCGCCUCAGGCAGGACCCGGAGGUUGGGCUCAGGGUGGACCGUCUGUUCCGGUUGGAUGCCCUGCAGGACUUGAGUACCUGGCCAUGAUUGACCAGCUGCUCGUCAAACAGAAAGUGGAGAUUCUAGAAGCAUUCACUGGCUGCGAGACGAACAACAAGUAUGAGAUCAGGAACAGUCUGGGUCAGCGGGUGUACCAGGCCAAAGAAGACACGUGCUGCUGUACUCGGCUCUGCUGCGGAGCGGUUCGACCGUCUCUGUAUUCCUGUGUACUCUGUAUUCCCAUAACGAGUAGAAAGUGUUAUUCCUACUUCUACUGUGUACUCUGUAUUCCUGUGUACUCUGUAUUCCCAGUAACGAGUAGAAAGUGUUAUUCCUACUUCUAUUGUGUACUCUGUAUUCCUGUGUACUCUGUAUUCCCAGUAACGAGUAGAAAGUGUUAUUCCUACUUCUACUGUGUACUCUGUAUUCCCAUAACGAGUAGAAAGUGUUAUUCCUACUUCUACUGUGUACUCUGUAUUCCCAUAACGAGUAGAAAGUGUUAUUCCUACUUCUACUGUGUACUCUGUAUUCCCAAAAGUGUUAUUCCUACUUUUACUGUGUACUCUGUAUUCCUGUCCUGGAGUCUGUGCAAGCCGAAGUUCAUGAUUCAGGACGCUGAUGAAAACACACUGCUCCGGAUAAAGGGGCCGAUCUGUCAGUGGAACAUCUGUGGCGACGUUGAGUUCGAGGUUACCAGUGCUGAUGAGAGUACGCAGGUUGGGCGAGUCACCAAACAGUGGAGUGGACUUGCUAAGGAAUUGUUUACAGAUGCUGACAACUUCGGUAUCACCUUCCCCCUUGAUCUAGAUGUAAAGAUCAAGGCCGUUUUGGUGGGAGCGGUGUUCCUGAUUGACUUCAUGUUCUUUGAGCAUGACAAGGGUGAUGUCAAGGAUGAGGCAAAACACCUGUGAGUUACCUAAACCACGGGAGCAGGCUGAUUGUUUAUGAUGAUUGUACACCAUUGUGUCUGACCCGCUUUGUCUGUUUCUCGCUGACGUGGCUCAAGUUCAUUAGAUUCAUUAUUUUGUAGUCUAACAUUCUCAAGGCUCAGCAAUGACUUUUUAAAUUAUAUUAUUACUGUGAUUUAAAAGUUCUGGUAAGAAUUAUGAGUGUCUUUAUGUUCUUUACUUUUUAUGGAAAACACAAUUUACAUAAUUCAUUGGUGAAGUGUAUACUCUUUAGUUUAAUGUGUUCAGAAACAUUUAUAAAAGUGGUGAGGUACACACGUGUAUAUAUAAUACCUGUAUGUAUUUACAGUCAGACCUCUGUAGACAGAUAUUCACUGAAUAACCAGAAACGAUCAAGACUAAAUUAAUACAAAAAUGUUUACAUAGUUUUUUAAGACACCAUGCUACAAUGGAUAUUUAGACCCAAGUGACAAUUUGUAUGUUUAAAAACAUUUUUGUUAUGCUGAUAAUGAUCAUACAUAGACAAAGAUCAGAAUUCCUCCCCCCCCCCCCAUCCCCCACUCGUUUUUUUAGGAUCACCACCACCCUCCCACAGUUCUUCAUUACAAGGGGCAUAACUCUUGCCAUAUUAAUUAGUUAAAAAGCUGGUGUAAUGACGAAGUGACAAUCAUGUCUGUUGUAUAAAGGAGUGACUGAAUACAUAGAAUACUGUACAAGUUUUCAUUGGGUAUAAUUUUUACGAAACGAAUGAACUUUCCAUGUUAGUAUCUGACCCCACUUUUGUUUUGUCAGACACCAUGGGAAGUUCACGAGUUUUGUAAAAAUGUUAUCUUGUAAAAACAAGUGUGGUAUUUUAUUUAUUACUCACCAUCAAAUAAUGUAAAAUCUGACAAUCACUUCCAACAUUACGAGACAUACAUGUACAUGUACGAAUACACACAGCUUAGACCAGGGAAUAUGACAUCACUUACCGAAAUGAUGUCAUUUAGCUAUUAAUAUGCACCACCAGGUGCCUACAAAAUUUUAAUGACACACCCAGACAUUCAUCAGAUGGGUAAUAAAUAUACGUAUUGCAUAUGUGGGUGUGUUUCCCACACAUUAAUUUACUUCCCAUUCCCAUCUGUUGUAAUAAGGACUGGCUGUGUAUAUAUCUAUAUAUAUACAUACAUGUAUUGCAUAUGUGGGUGUGUUUUCCACACAUUUACUUCCCAUCUCUGUCAAUUGCAAUAAGGACUGGCUGUACAUGUAUAUAUACACACAUUACAUUACAUACACGUAUGUGGGUGUGUUUCCCUUAUUUUUACUUCCCAUCCCUGUCUGUUGUAAAAAAAAAAGAAUGACUGUAUAUAUCUAUUUAUCUUGCAAUCACUGUUUCUAUUGACAGAAUAUGAAAACGGAUAAAGCAAAGUCAUAUCCUACUACUAGCAGGAUAUGACUUUUGACGUCACUCUUGUGACAUCACACAUAGCUACAUUACAAAAUUGCUUGUUUGACCACUAGAUCAUCAUACAAUGUCGCUGAAAUAACAGAAAUAAUAGCUUUUCCCCUUAAAUUUGUGGUCUGCAGGAUAAAAAUAAUAACUAGUUAAUGACGUCGGAUAUCUGCUUUAUCCUCUUCAGGCCAAAUGAGAAAUUCCCAU